CUGACUCUUGGCAAAGAUGAACUACAGGGACCGCUACACUUCGUCCUCCUACCGGAAGAUUUUCGGGGAUUCUUCCAGGUUCUCCGCCUCUACCUCCUCAUCCCGGAUGAGCAGCUCCAUGCCUCGGGGCUCACCGGGGCUCCGGUCCAUGGCCGUGUCCCGAAACAGCACCUCUUCUAUGGGCAUGUACAGACGGCUGGGACAACCCCCGGCCUCCUUCUCUCUUGUGGCCACGGACUCCCUCGACCUGACCCAGACUUCAGUGGUCAACAACGAACUCAAAGUCAUCAGAACCAACGAGAAAGAGCAGCUGCAGGGUCUGAAUGAUCGCUUCGCCAUGUUCAUCGAUAAAGUCAGACACCUGGAGCAGCAGAAUAAAGUACUGGAGGCCGAGUUGGUGACGCUGCGGCAGAGGCAGAGUGAACCAUCACGGCUAGCUCAUCUCUACCAGCAGGAGAUGAGGGACUUGCGGUCCCAGUUGGAGGACCUGAAUAGGGACAAGAACCGCAUCCUGAUCGAGAAGAAUAACAUGGAAGAUGAGUUGCAGAAACUUAAUGUCAAGUAUGAGGAGGAGAUGACUGCGCGUGAAGAGGCUGAACAAACUUUACGGUCCUUCCGGAAGGAUGUGGAUGACGCUGCGUCCGUUCGUCUUGAUCUGGAGCGCCGAGUGGAAUUGCUGAUGGAUGAAAUCUCUUUUCUGAACAAAGUCCACGACGAGGAAAUCCAGGAGCUGAGCAGCCUGAUGGAAGCGCAGCAAGUCUCCGUGGAAUUGGAAAUGGCCAAACCCGACCUCACCUCGGCUCUGAAAGAGAUCCGCAACCAGUACGAGUCCAUUGCCUCCAAAAACCUGCAGUCGGCAGAGGAGUGGUACAAAGGGAAGUUCGCCAGCCUUAGCGAACAGGCCACCAGGAGCAACGAGGCCAUGCGAGCCAGCAGGGAGGAGAUGAACGAGUUCAGGAGGCAGCUGCAGGCCAAGACUUUGGAAAUUGAGACACUGAGGGGAGCCAAUGAGUCUCUGGAGAGACAAAUCUCAGAGAUGGAGGAUGCUCACAAUGGUGAAGUCACGGCAUUGCAGGACACUAUUGGACAAUUGGAUACUGAGCUGAGGAACCUCAAGGGGGAGAUGGCCCAGCACCUGAGAGAAUAUCAGGACUUGCUUAAUGUCAAAAUGGCCUUGGACAUCGAGAUAGCUGCAUACAGGAAGCUGCUGGAAGGAGAAGAGACUCACUUUAACUCAGGGAUGUCGUUCGGAGGCGCCAGUUACAGCUACCCGUCCCGAAGCCCAGCCGGCUCCUCCAGAAGCGGUCAGCGAGACAAAGACGGAGCCAAGAAGGAAAGCCUCAAGGAGGAGGAAAAAGACGAAGCAGACAUCAACUCCAACAACUGAAGUCAUGGGCGCAGACAAGGAGUGAGAUAAAUAGCACAUCCUGCAUUUCCUAAGUUCUAGUCAAAUAAAAUGCACGAUUUAAAAGCCCAGAAAUGAUUUCUUUAUUUCCAUUGUGCAUAACUCUGAAACAUGUUGAACAUUUUUGGACUCUAAAUCUAUCUCAAAUGGAAGCUUGUACCAAAAUGUAAACAAAAGGAUGUUAACAUAGUAUUAGACAAUUGAUGUGCUAGAAUUGUAGACAUUUCUGUCAAAGUGUGGUGGCUAAUUUAAAUAUUAAUACACCAAGAUAUGCUUAUUUGCGCAU